GCCAAGAUGGCGGCGGGCGCGAAGGUGGUGGAGCUGGUGGUGCGGCAGGUGGAGCCGCUCCAGGGGCAGCUGGAGCAGACUGACCAGUGCACGAAGCUGCAGGGAUUCCUGGUCUUCCACAGCUUUGGGGGCGGCACCAGCUCCAGCUUUACCUCCCUGCUCAUGGAGGCCGUCUGCCUCAAGGACAGCAAGAUGUCCAGGCUGGAGUUUUCCAUCUGCCGAGUCCUGCAGGCCUCCACAGCCGUGGUGUUGCCCUACAACUCCAUCCUGAACACCCAUUCGAGCCUGGCGCACUCAUGGUGGACAACGAGGCCACAACAGGACGUUGAGAGGCUCACCUGCUGCAACCGUAGUAGGUUGAUAGAGCAAAUCGUGUCCUCAGCCACAGCCUCCCUGUCCUUCGGUGGGGCGCUGAACGCUGGCUGA